AAACAAAUUUACUGUAAACAGUCACAAGUGCAUUUUAUAGGAUAAAGAGUUAAUUGAAAAAGACUAAUUUAUAUUUGGUCCUUUGAAAAAGAGAAUUUUAUGAAAAAAGAGUUUCUUUCAAGUGAACCAUGAGCGUCAGACACAAUCCUCCUCAGAGUCAGCAUUUCUUCUGCAGUGGAGGCAACAACCGUAGAGGAAGAGACAUUAGUGGACCUCAAGCAUAUACUUAUGGUCUGAUAGCAAAACAGCCCAACUCGAACUGGCAGGGCAGACUUUUGUCCAUUCAGCAACGGAUGAAUGAUGAGGCAGCUAAGGAUAAUGAGCAAACGAUGAAAAGAAAUCAACGUGAAAUAAUCAAAAGUAAAUUUCACAUUAAAACCGACAAGAAAGGUUUGGAGGCAAAAAUACGUAGUCGGGUCAACGAGCGUUUGCAGGCUGUUGAGGAAGUUCUUGAUCAUAAAAGAGAACGAUUGCGUGAGUUGCUCUUGGCCGAGGAGAAGGAAUAUAUCAGAGAAUAUGUUACACAAGCUCAGAAGGUGUCAGAAUCAUUGUAUGAUGAACAGAAGCAAAAAGCUCUCGAGAGUAGAGUGAAGCGUCAGGCUGAGGAGGCUGCUCUGGCUGCCGAGAAACGCCUUCAGCAAUACAUGAACCGAUGCGAGGAACUGCGCAUUUUUAGAGAAGCUUUGAACACAAAAGAAGUUGCCAAAGCAGUAUUGAAACAGAUCGAAGAUAAAAAGGUUCAGAGAGAAGCUGACAUUGAAUUGGAGAAGAUGUGGCAUGAUGUAGCUACUAAGAACUAUCAACUCAUGGUGGCUUAUGAAGAGGAGGAAGCAAGAAAACGGAAACACACAAUGGACGAAAUUAAUAACAUACUCCAGAAUCAAAUCAAGGGCCGAGAACUUUAUAAGGAAGAAGAGAAACGACUCAAAAUGGAGGAAAGAGCAGAUCUGGAUAAAUUAAAGCAGAAAAUGAUUGAAGAAGAAGAAUCAGCAAAAAGGGAAAGGGAACUGAAGAAACAGAAAAUGUACGAAGAGAUGGAAGAAGUGAAACGUCAGAGUGCUGAGCUGCAUGCUCGAAGACAAGCACAGGAGAAGGUUCUGAAUGAUAUGUUUAGUCAACUAAUUCAGCAAGAGUUAAAAAGAGAACAAGACAAAAUUCAAGAUAACAAAUCACAGUUGCGGAAAGAAUCAGAUUUCUUCAGAGCCUACCUACAAGAAACAGCUGAGAAAAGGAAGGCAGCUGAAGCUGAAGCAGACAAUCUCAGAGCACUGGAAGUGGCUAAAAUAGAAGCAGCAAAACACAAGCAAGAAGUGGAAAAGUGCGAAGCAGUUCUUAAACUCAAGGAGGCAGUACUGAAAGAGAGGGAUGGUCAGAUAAAGGCCAGGAUAAAACAGAGGGAGGACGAAAAGAGACAAAUAGAGGAAGAAGCGAGAUUGGCAGAGUUGCUAAGAUUAGAGAACCUGCAAGUCAACAUGGAAAAUAAAAAGGCUUUGGAGAAACAACAAAAGGAAUAUCUCAUGGAUCUGGGUAGACAGAUAGAACAAAAUAAACAAAUGCUGCUCAAGCAAUGUGAAGAUGAAGAACGUCAACUGCGUGAAAGUAUCGCUAGAGAAGAAGCAUAUUUUAACAAGGUAAAAGACAUCAUGGCAAAUAAGUGUUCGUCAGAAACACAUCCUUUCAUGAAGAAAUUUCAAGGACUGGCAAUUUAAAUGUUUAUAAAUAAGAGCAGCACGUUUUUAGUUUUAAUUUAUAUAUUAUAUUAUAUAUAUAUAUAUAUAUAAUAUUAUAUAAUAGUUGAAACAUGUAAUGUGUGUUCUAACACUAUCAAAAAGUUAAAAUUUGAAUAAGUAUAAAAUCAAAAUUUAAAAUAAAAAAUAUGAAACAUUGUGUUACUGUUAUUGUGAUUUGGGCGAAAGAGACUUUAGAGAAAAUAUUUGUAUGCAGAAAAAUAAUGCAGUUUUCAACUCACUAUUACAUGUUAAUUAUAUAUAGAGUGUGCCUCAUAAAUAUUCAUGUGAAGAAAUAGUAUUAACAUAGUAACAUGUUUUUGUGACUUAUUCUGAUGCCUGGUUUCAUGGUCUAUAAUAGUGAUAAAUUUUAUAUAUACUAAGAGUGUGUUAAUUUUUCUAU